AUGUGCUGAUGAAUUGCAGAGGAACUCAUUGCCAAUGCUGCUUACAUUGGCAGCCCAGGGAAGGGCAUCCUUGCUGCUGAUGAGUCAACUGGCACAAUUGGAAAGCGUUUGGCCAGCAUUAGCGUUGAGAACAUCGAAACAAACAGGCGUGCUCUCCGUGAACUCCUAUUCACCACCCCUGGCGCUUUUGACUGCCUCAGUGGUGUGAUCUUGUUUGAGGAAACACUAUACCAAAAGACAGCUGCAGGAAAACCUUUUGUAGAGUUGUUGAAGGAAGGAGGAGUUCUUCCUGGUAUUAAGGUUGACAAGGGCACUAUAGAGCUUGCUGGAACCAAUGGGGAAACCACCACCCAAGGUUUGGAUGGCCUCGGCCAGCGUUGUCAAAAGUACUAUGAAGCUGGUGCUCGAUUUGCUAAGUGGCGCGCUGUCAUCAAGAUUGGUCCCAACGAGCCAUCCGAGCUAGCUAUCCAUGAGAAUGCCUAUGGUCUCGCUCGCUAUGCUGUCAUAUGCCAAGAGAAUGGCCUAGUUCCUAUAGUGGAGCCUGAAAUCCUCGUGGACGGAUCUCAUGACAUCAACAAGUGUGCUGAGGUGACCGAACGUGUUCUUGCUGCAUGCUACAAAGCUUUAAAUGAUCACCAUGUUUUGCUCGAAGGCACUCUUUUGAAGCCUAACAUGGUGACCCCCGGUUCAGACUCUCCGAAGGUUGCCCCCGAAGUUAUAGCUGAAUAUACCAUUAAAGCUUUACAGCGAACUGUUCCGGCUGCUGUUCCUGCUGUCGUGUUCUUGUCCGGUGGACAGAGUGAGGAGCAGGCAACACUCAACCUCAAUGCCAUGAACAAGUUCAAGGGAAAGAAACCAUGGGCACUUUCUUUCUCUUUUGGAAGGGCACUUCAGCAGAGUACUCUCAAGGCAUGGGGAGGGAAAGAUGAAAACAUUAAGAAGGCUCAAGAUGCAUUCAUCUCUAGGUGCAAAGCUAACUCACAAGCAACUUUGGGAACCUAUAAAGGUGAUUCUACCCUUGGUGAAGGUGCAUCUGAGUCUCUCCAUGUCAAGGAUUACAAAUACUAAAAGUUGCGAGCUGCUUAUGGAUUAACUAAUAAUAGCUUCACUUUGUUUUGGCCUUUUUUUCCCCUCUGAUUUAGUUUUUCCCUUUAUUAUUAUUGGGUGUUAUUUCUUGUUUCAAUGCAACUUGGAUCUGAGAACGUUUUUAGAAGCAUAUGCAUAAAGCUAUUCU